GUUUUUACGUGAUAUGACAUAGGCAAUGUUUACGAUGCGAGUCGGAUGUGCGAUUUACUUAGGGCUCUACCUAUUGGCGACUUGGACAAACUGCGUGUCGUGUGAGAGGUAUUACUACUACAUCAGAAAUGGCAAGUCCUGGUCGGAAGCACAGAAGUACUGUCAGGCUACGUUCAGAGGAGAUCUAUUGGACUACAGCAACAUCGACGUAUCCCUCCUGUAUCAGCACGUGCCAAACGCGACCCUGUUUUGGACAGGUUAUCACACUGGACUGUCCGAUUGGAUAGCAAACCAAGGUUGUUUCCCUGCCAACAGUAUAACGGGCAUAAGCCGGAAACCUGUUACACUGAAGACUUACAAUGCAGCUUAUUGUCAGUCCCAGUGUAAGGAAUACCAAUAUUUCGCAUUGAAGAACAAUAGCUGUGACUGUCUGCAUGCUUUCCCACCACGAACUGACUCAGUGCCGGACGACUUGUGUAGUAUACAGUGUAUAAAUUCAACCUUCAACGAACCAUGUGGAGGAGCUAGCGUCUACAAUGUGUACGCAAAGUCUGUAUACCAGGAUAAAACUACGUUGCCUUCACGCAGAUGCAUUUCCAUUACGUGCAAUCGACAGCCACGUGUCGCAGACGAGAGCCUACAGUACUUUGUUGAAAGCUGUUCUGAAAAACACACACCGUUAUGUAGAUAUAACAGAACAACCGACAAACUCGUUGUCCUGAACCAAGCGACCACGUGGAUCAGCGCUGUCUCAAGCUGUCAGAAUUACAGCCAUACCUACCUUGCUGCGACCCUGCGAACGGAUUGUAACUAUGGAUACAGUGCGUUGUUUGAUAACCGGUUCUGGAUCGGUGUGUUCCGGGGACAAUAUUCAGAUUUUAUAUCAGGAACACUAGACGGACUUGGCAACAUACUGUCGUGUCAGGGUACCUAUGCUCGUAGCGAUGGUUCCUUAUCCGGUUUUACUAUACAGAACUGUCAGACAAAAAAAGCCUUCAUAUGUGCUUCUGAUUUAUUAAUCGCUUCCCAAAAUCCGUUCACACUGAACCCCACAACUACGACCGUUACCACUCCUACUACCACUCCUACUACAACCCCUACCACUACUUCCACUCCUACUACAACUCCUACCACAACCCCUACCACCACAACCCCAACCACCACAACCCCUACCCCUACUACCACUCCUACUACAACUCCUACUACAACCCCUACCACUACUUCCACUCCUACUACAACUCCUACCCCAACCCCUACCACUACUGCAACCCCUACCACUACUGCAACCCCUACCACUACUACCACUCCUACCACAACCCCUACCACAACCACUCCUACAACAACCCCUACCACUACUGCAACCCCUACCACUACUGCAACCCCUACCACAACCACUCCUACAACCACCCCUACCACUACUGCAACCCCUACCACUACUACCACUCCUACCACAACCCCUACCACCACACCCCCAACCACCACAACCCCUACCACUACUACCACUCCUACUACAACCCCUACCACUCCUACUACAACCACAACCCCUACCCCUACUACCACUCCUACUACAACUCCUACCACAACCCCUACCACUACUGCAAUCCCUACCACUACUACCACUCCUACCACAACCCCUACCACAACCACUCCUACAACAACCCCUACCACUACUGCAACCCCUACCACUACUGCAACCCCUACCACAACCACUCCUACCACUACCACCACUCCUACUACAACCCCUACAACUUCUACUUCAACCACAACCCUUACCACUACUUCCACUUCCACUUCUACUACAACCACAACCCCUAACACUACUACCACUCCUACUACAACUCCUACAACAACCCCUACCACCACAACCCCUACAACUACUACAACUCAUACCACUGCCACCACUCCUACAACUACCCCAACCACUACUACCACUCUUACUACCACUCCUACUUCAACCCUUUCCACUCCUAUUACAACCCCGACCACUCUUACUACCACUCCUACAACUCCUACUACCACUCCUACUACAUCACCUACCACUCUUACUACCACUCCUUUUACAACCCCUACCACUACUACCACUCCUACUAUCACUCCUACAACUCUUACUACCACUCCUGUUACAACCCCUACCACUACUACCACUUCUAUUACCACUCCUAUCACCACAACUCCCACCAUUACACCAACUCUUACAACUAGCCCUUCCACCACUAAACAGAACACCAUGAGGACAACGUGGAGAAUGCGGGCUACAUCUACAAGAAAAAUCAUCAUAACUACAGUAGCUACACUGGCGUCUGGUAUACCUAGUGCCAAUGUCGGCAAUUUUCCUAUGUCGGCAGUGGGAGGUGGAGUGGGUACUCUGGCCGUGUUGAUUGUGGCAGUUAUUAUCUUUGUUGUGGUAAAGAAAUCAAGAAACCGGAAGAGGAACACAUCGAACGGUACUCGGUUUACCGGCACGAAUAUUCCUUCUGAAAAAAGUGACAACACUUUAGCUCGAGACAAUCCUUUGUAUGACCAUAUUGGUGGUGGAGGUGGACCAGCAAUGUUUAAAAAUCCAACAUAUGCAUCAGAUAAUUUCGACUCAAAUGAUAGUUAUGAUGCUGGACAACUGCAAAACGAUGAAAACACGUAUUCAACGGCGUCUUCAAGUCCGUAUUUAACAUGUUAUCCGGAUACAUAUGCACAUCAAUCAAUAGCAUAGCAUAUACACAGUUCAUAAGUAACAUAAUCUUACUCAUUAGUAACACAUAAAUAACUCAUUUGGGACACAAUAGUAAAGUUAAACAAAACCCAUUUAAGUUACACAUGUCAUUCAAUAGGAAUAUGAACAGUGUAUAUAUUUAUCACCUUUGUAACACAA